AAGAUAUUUGCUGGAAGGCCAAGAACUGUGACCACAGACAUUUUGACCAGAGAUGGGAAAGGCAUUGCAUUUGCAGACUAUAGUGCUACCUGGAGGUACCAUAGGAAGAUGGUCCAUGGAGCUCUUCACAUGUUUGGAGAGGGCUGUGCCGCCAUCGAAAACAUCAUCUCUGCAGAGGCCCAGACACUGUGCUCGAUCCUGUCCGAGGCAGCAGCAGCUGGACUGGCCCUAGAUCUGUCUCCAGAGUUGACUCGGGCUGUCACCAACGUCGUCUCUUCGCUCUGCUUCAACUCCUCCUACCACCGAGGAGACCCAGAGUUUGAAGCCAUGCUGCAGUAUAGCCAGGGCAUUGUGGACACUGUGGCAAAGGACAGCCUGGUGGAUAUUUUUCCCUGGUUACAGAUUUUUCCUAAUUCAGACCUGCGUCUUCUUAAGCAGUGUGUUUCAAUCAGAGACAAACUUCUGCAGAAGAAAUAUGAUGAACACAAGGUAAAGUUUUGUCUUGCUAUUAAUACUGCCUAUGUUGUCAUUAAUGGCAUAGAAAUGGUUAAGCUCUACUGUAAGAGUAACAUGCUACUACUGGCUAAAGGCCAUACUGUACAUGCCCCCUGUUAUAGGAAGGCUCCUGGAAAUGACUCCUGAUAUGUAUUGUGUCAGUAAUUAUAGGCCGGCAUACAGUGCAGUUCAACACAUAUGGAAGAUAGGGAAUACUUACAGACAUAGGGACAAACUGACACUCAAUUGAGGGCAUAACAUUUUACAUUUAAUUUAAAAGUACAUGUACAACAAGGCUAUAACAUGACAAGCUAUGGCCUUUCUUUUCUUUUAGCUAGUAGCAAAGAACAGCAGAAUGUCAGGUCUUCUCUUCUGCCUUUCUCCCUCCUGCUCGCUCUUUUUGCGGGAUCGACGCCCCAGCUGUGUCACUUUCUGUAAUUAGUGACUUGUGGGUUGUCGUGCACAGCUGGGGUGUAUUUCUGUAAAACCUUCCUCCUUAUUUAAACCUCUGGCAGACGCUCCGUAGUCCCCGGAGCAUUAAAGGAUGUUAGACACGGAAAUGUUGAGGAAGUAUUGACAGGUUGAGUGAAGGGCGAGGUUUUUGUUUUCCUUGUUUUGUGUUUUAUGGGGCCACACGUUGUUGGCGAACUUUCCUAGCCAUGAGUAGCUGAGGCGUGGUUUUCCCCAGCCGUGGGUACCGGACGGCUAGUGCUUCAGCUAGCGCUACACUAGCCCUGUUCUUCUCGUUCCUGUCAUCUCUCCUGUCAUCUCUCCUGUCAUCUCACCUGUCUACUCACCUGCCUUGUCCUGGUCCUCUACUCUCCUGUUUCCUGCAAUCCUCCUACUCAUCUGCUCGUCCUAGUCUCCUCAGCCAUCCCUGCCCUACCCUGGUUAUUGUACUAUAGGUUGACUCUGUUACCUUGUUUGUGUUUUUUCCCAUUAAACCACCUUUUUUUUUUUUACUAGCA